GCCUGGACUCCGGGAAGGAGGCGGGGGAGGGCAGCCCGUGCAGGGCCGCCGGGGCGCGCGCCUCGGGAAAGCAGAAGCGAGCCGGGCUCUGGGAGGGGAAACUCGGCACUGGAGCUCUCGCCCCCGCGCCCGGCCCACCCCGAUCCGCGGGACGCCCCAAAAUCGCGCCGCCUGCCCCACUGCGCAGUCCCCGCUCAUCCGGUGCGCCCGCCCCGCCCCGCCUCGAGGGAGGGCGCCGCCCGCGCCGCGCGGGGCUGCCACACCGGCCCGGGACCGAGAGGCUGCCCAGCGCGCGAGUCCGGACCUCGCCCCUCCCGGGGUCCCCACCCCGCAGGCCCCGGCCUUCCUCCGUGGGACGCCGCCGUGCCCCCGCAUCCUGCCUCCCAGGGCCCCGGCCCCGGCGCGGCCGCAUCCUCCUGCCCGCCCCUCCCGCCCCGCGCCCGGCCCUCCUCCCCAGGGCCCAGGGCGGCCCGGUCAGGCCCCCGGAGCCCCGCCGCUUCUUGGAGGAGCGCGCCAUGCUCCGGCUCCUGGCGCUGGUGCUCCCGCUGCUGCCGCCGCCCGUGUGCUCCCCGGAGCCCUCGGCGCAGGACGUGCGCCUGGGCGUGGACUGGCUGACCCGCUACGGCUACCUGCCGCCGCCCCACCCCGCCCAAGCCCAGCUGCAGAGCCCUGCAAAGCUGCGGGAUGCGAUCAAGGUCAUGCAGAGGUUUGCUGGGCUGCCUGAAACGGGCCUCCUGGACCCAGUGACGGUGGCCACCAUGAAUAAGCCCCGCUGCUCCCUGCCCGACGUGCUGGGCGUGGCAGGGCUGGUCAGGCGUCGCCGCAGAUAUGCUCUGAGUGGUAGCGUGUGGAAGAAGCGAACCCUGACAUGGAGGGUACACUCCUUCCCCCAGAGCUCAGCCCUGAGCCAGGAGACAGUGCGGACCCUCAUGUACCAUGCCUUGGCCACCUGGGGCAUUGAGUCAGGCCUCAAAUUCCAGGAGGCGGGUUCUCAGGGCCCAGCAGAGCCUGACAUCCUCAUCGACUUUGCCCGGGCAUACCACCAGGACAGUUACCCCUUCGACGGGCAGGGGGGCACCCUAGCCCAUGCCUUCUUCCCCGGAGAGCACUCCAUCUCUGGGGACACUCACUUCGAUGAUGAGGAGACCUGGACUUUUGGGUCAAAAGAUGGAGAGGGCACAGACCUGUUCGCUGUGGCCGUCCAUGAGUUUGGCCACGCCCUGGGCCUGGGCCACUCCUCAGCGCCCGACUCCAUCAUGAGGCCCUUUUACCAGGGCCCAGUGGGCAACCCUGACAAGUACCGCCUGUCCCAGGAUGACCGUGAAGGCCUGCAGCAGCUUUAUGGGAAGGCGCCCCACAGCCCAUCUGACAGGCCCACAAGGAAACCCCUGGCCCCCCCGCCGCCGCCCCCCGCCCUGCCCCCGGACAGCACCCCCCUCCCUGUCCCCAAUCGGUGUGAAGGCAACUUUGACGCCAUCGCCAACAUCCGUGGCGAAAUCUUCUUUUUCAAAGGCCCCUGGUUCUGGCGCCUCCAGCCCUCAGGGCAGCUGGUGUCCCCCCGGCCCGCGCGGCUCCACCGCUUCUGGGAGGGGCUGCCCGCGCAGGUGCGGGUCGUCCAGGCCGCCUACGCCAGGCCCCGGGACGGCCGCAUCCUCCUCUUCAGCGGCCCCCGGUUCUGGGUGUUCCAGGACCGGCGGCUGGAGGGCGCCCCGCGGCCGCUGGAGGAGCUGGGGCUGCCGCCGGGGGAGGAGGUGGACGCCGUGUUCUCGUGGCCGCUGAACGGGAAGACCUACUUGGUCCGGGGCCAGCGCUACUGGCGGUUCGACGAGGCGGCGGGGCGCGCCGACCCCGGCUACCCGCGCGACCUGGGCCUCUGGGAAGGGGCGCCCGCCGCCCCCGACGACGUCACCGUCAGCAACACAGGUGACACCUACUUCUUCAAGGGCGCCCACUACUGGCGCUUUCCCAAGGGCAGCGUCAAGGCGGAGCCGGACUCCCCGCAGCCCAUGGGCCCCACGUGGCUGGACUGCCCGGCGCCCAGCGCUGGCCCGCGCGCUCCCAGGCCCCCCAAAGCGACCGCGCAGCCGGGGACCUGCGAGUGUCAGUGCGAGAUCAGCCGGGCUGCGGGGCGGCCGGCGCGGCCCCUCCUGCUGGCCCUCGGGCCCCUGCUGCUGGGGGGCGCCGCUGCUCGCUGAGGCCCGGCGGGGGUGGGCCGCGCGGCCCGGAGCUCUGCCGCCUGGCCUCGGCUUUUCCCGGAACAGCUAGACUUUCUCGGAGCCCAGCUGGGUGACCCCCUAUUGCCCAGCCCCACGCAACACAGCUGCUCUCGGCUGUCUGGGGCUUCAGAGGAUGGGCCUGACCGGGGAAAUGGACCCCAGCCCCUUUCUCCGCCGCUGCUCUGAGUUCCCAGAUGUUUCUCAUCCUGUGCUGCUUCCACCAUGUCCCAGCCCAUGCCACAGGGGCCUGGGGACCCCGGGCCUGCCCUGAGACCCUCCGGAACACCGGUGCCCCAUGUCCUGGGUGACAGCAGGGCCACACUGAUGACCGUCCACAACCUGGCUGUGGACCUCGUAUCUGGUCACCACGCUGACACAGAACUGCUCCCAUUCAAUACGACACUCUCCUAGCCUUAGAACUCCUCGGGCUCCUCCACCCUGGAUGGUCCGCCACCCUGCAAAGAGAACUUGGCCCCCCUCAGUGCUGGUGGAAAAACAGUGGACUGAGUUCCCUCUCAAUCUGGGGUCCCUGCCUCCUCAGCACUCAGGGGGUGGAACAUGGGCCAUCUCAUUCACCCCCAAACCCCUCAGAAUUCAGGAGCUGAAUCAGUGUCUCUGGAACCACGUUUCUGGAAUAUUCCACCUCAGAAUCACCCAGGGAACCUCACCCUGACUCCCCACCCUGGGAGUGGGGCCGAGAGUCUGCAUCACCUAUCUUGGCCCUGAUGGGCAGGGGAGCCUGGACGGCGCCAUCUCUGCCUUGCAGUUCUUCUGGGUCUGCCAUGUUCUCCCUCCUGGGGGCCAAGCUUCCUGUUUUCUACAGAACCAGGCUGACGGCCUUGGUGGAGAGGGGUCCACAGCCCAUGAGUGGAGGCACUUAGCUGCCGCUUCUUGGGUUGCCAUCCAGCCUUGGCGUUGCCCAGAGCUCAGCUGUGGGCUGUGGUCCCAGGGAGCAGACACCCCCUGCCACUGGCCCCAACACGUAGACCAGCCUGAGGGCACCAGCCAGGCAUCUUCAGCCAGCCUGUGACCUGGGAGUUCUAAGCCGCCAGAAGACCAGAAAUCUGGGCCUCUGUCAGGAUCCUUUUGAAGUAUGAGGAGGGGGAAACUUGUCUUUUAAAAGCUCAGUCCCAGCUAGAAAGACAAUAAAAACAACUGGAAA